ACGGCACACAAAGGAACAAGGGACACAGCUGGUCCACACCAAGGUAUAGGUACUAUGUGUCGCAUCGAUUUUAGUUAUUUAUGUACCCUUUAUAGUCGUUCAGUAGCCAUCAAGGUUUUACUAAAAUGGUAUAUUAAAGACCUUCUCUAAAUUGCCUAUGUUUUAUCUUCAUACUACUCGAUCUCGGUGGUUUAAGACGCCCGCUUCUUAAGCAUGAGAGUCUGGGUUCGAAAUCUACCAACGGCAAGUACCAUUAUGGCGUUUUCCGAGUCAUAAGUAGGUACUUUCUAGGAUUAUUUAGACACCACUGAGGACGGUGAAGGAAAACAUCGUGAGGAAGCCUGGCUUUAUAAUUUCUAAUUAUACAUUUGAAAUCGCCAACCUGCAUUGACUGAGCGUGAUGAUUAAUGCUCAAACUUUCUCCGUGUCAGAGUCAGCAGUGGCUGAUGAUGUGAUAUGUCUACUCGAUGCGAUAUCGAGCUUUAAAAUCAAAUUGUAAAAACUCAAAGUUUCAAAUUUUGGCGGGCUACCUUAAAACAUUCUAAACAGCGGAAUAAAGUUGUUUUUUCAUUUGGUAUAAUAUCUAUUUUUUUUUUGUAUUAGUCUAAAUUUUAUUCUUUGACGAUCCGUAAAUAACGAUAACACAACAGUGAAAAAUAAUUUUAUUUUUUAUUUAUAUUACCAUGACUAAUGAAUAUUGUCUAUGAAUACCACUUCUUCCACUUUGGAAGUUUACAGUCUAUGGUUUCUGCUAUUUGAUUGGCUGACGGGAAAUCCAAUAGCAAAAAGUAAAUUGGCGGGAAAGCUACUUUCUAUAGUUUUUCGUAAGUUUUCCACUUUUAAUUUUUUUAUAAUAAAUACAAAACCUCCCAGAAGUAUCACAAAACAGAUCCACAUAAAAUUAUAAUCAGAUUUUUCUUAUUUACCACUACAAUAAAUUAACAAAACUAAUCCAUAAUAAUACCGCUCUUUUAUAUUGCUGUUUUGUGAGUGGCCAGUGAACCCGCAAUCAUAUGUUUGGUCCGAAUCUCUGGUCUGAAGUUUAUCAAAUUAAAAACUAAAUCAUUUAUUUUUUACAAAUAAAAGAAAUAAUUAUGUGAAAAAAUAAUAUUCUAAGCAAUGAGAUACUUUUAAUUGUACUACAAAUCUUGUUCGUUCAUUUUCUAACUGUAGAGUUUCAUAUCUAACCUUAUUUGGCUGAAUCUUGUAACUUCAAUAGUAGACUUCGGAACGCAACAGAUGUUUAGACAGCAAAUUGGAGGGAAACAAGCGACCAAAAUAGCGAGCGCUCACCACGAUCGCCUCAGAAGCGGCAAAAGCAGUUGCGAAGCAAGAUCUAGUUUGAUCAUAACUUAAAGUUAUAAUAUUUUUUGUUGUUACAUUAUACUAAAAUAAAAUGCCACCAAUUGUGAACAAGGAGAAUUUGCACAACGACUUCAGCAAUGUGCAUUUAAAGUCCCCUGUUAAAAACAACGUUUUAGCUGAACGCAAUGAAAAUAUGAGUGACCAAGGUAUGGAGGUCGAAAGAAAGACCACGGAAGUGGUCGAGUUUGACCCACAAAAGGAACCACUGCUGAGGGACAACCCUCGCCGUUUCGUCAUAUUCCCUAUCCAAUAUCCUGAUAUUUGGGAGAUGUACAAGAAGGCCGAGGCUUCCUUCUGGACUGUUGAGGAAGUGGACUUAUCCAAGGAUUUAUCAGACUGGGAGACUCUGAAGGACAGUGAGAGGCACUUUAUCAAGCAUGUGCUGGCUUUCUUUGCUGCUUCUGAUGGGAUUGUCAAUGAAAACCUGGUUGAACGUUUCUCUCAAGAAGUUCAAGUGACUGAAGCUAGAUGCUUCUAUGGUUUCCAGAUAGCCAUGGAGAAUGUACACUCUGAGAUGUACUCUCUUCUUAUUGACACAUAUAUUAGGGACCCGAAGGAGAGGGACUUCCUGUUUAAUGCUAUUGAGACUCUCCCUUGUGUGAAGAAGAAGGCUGACUGGGCCCUGCAAUGGAUUGGUAGCAAGUCUGCAACAUUUGCUGAGCGAAUUAUCGCAUUUGCUGCAGUCGAAGGAAUUUUCUUCUCAGGCAGCUUUGCCUCCAUUUUCUGGAUGAAAAAACGUGGUUUAAUGCCUGGUUUAACAUUCAGUAAUGAACUGAUAUCUAGAGAUGAGGGUUUACAUACAGAUUUCGCGUGUCUAAUGUACCGCCACGUGGUUCAAAAGCCAAGCAAAGAACGAGUACUACAGAUCAUUAAGGAUGCGGUAGUCAUUGAACAGGAAUUCCUCACUGAUGCACUGCCUGUCAGGCUACUCGGAAUGAAUUGCGAACUUAUGUCGGACUACAUCGAAUUUGUUGCUGACAGACUACUUUUGGAACUUAUUGGGGAAAAGCACUACAACACAAAGAACCCAUUUGACUUCAUGAAUCUAAUUUCACUGGAAGGCAAGACCAACUUCUUUGAGAAGAAAGUAAGUGAGUACCAAAAGUGGGGAGUUAUGGCCAACCAGAUGGACAAUGUAUUCACACUGGAUGCUGAAUUUUAAACUGACUAAACACUUGCUAAACUACAAUAGACCAAUUUGACAGUAUUAUUGACUCCAAUCAAAUUGAAAAAUGAAGGAUAUUUUGUAAGAGCAUAUCAUACAAUAUUAUUUGUAACAGAAAAAAUGAGAAUAGUUUGACUGACAGAUUGUAAUUUUUUGUAUAAGACAUGGCUGAUUUCACAGGCUCUGGAUAGCCACAAUUUACCUGACAAGUUAACUUUAGGACAUAAUUAUAAUUUCAAUGAAAUACCUACUCAGUUACAUUUAUCAGGGCGACACUGGUGAAAUUGGCCCUGAAUGUGUGUUUUUGACAUGAUGUGUAUGGUUAGAUAUAUUUCUCUACAAUUAAGUAACAAGUUCUCUUUUUCAAUGUUUUGUACUGAUAAUGUAAUAGCUAUAAGGCCUAUUAGUACCUAAUAAUAUAUUUUAUAGUAAAAUGGGAUCAUUUCAAGAUGAUUUAUUCUGUGAUAGAUAUGUAAUAAUAUAAAUAUGUGUGUGCUAAAUGCACAUAUUCUCUUUCGAGUUAUAAGUAUAUGCUUUUUACUAAAUAUGUAUUUUAAGUGUGUUAAAUAUAUUUUUUGCUAGUAAAAUUAAUUUCUAAAUUA